GCCCGGUCGACCCGCACACACCCUCCCCGCUGCUUCUUCCGCCUCCUCCACCACCGACACGCACGCACGCACGCACGCACGCACGCGCGUGCACGCCCCUCAAGGGUUUCAGACGCACAGCAUGCCUCCGUUCGAAAAAACCCAGCUGCAGAACAAACCGUUCAAACUGAGGAAGAGCUUCGCUGUGAGGAAACAAGAAGUGGCGGGGAUCAGGUCGAAAUUCCCCAAUAAAAUCCCGGUCAUCAUUGAACGGUACGAGAGGGAGAAUUAUCUUCCUCCUCUGGAUAAAACCAAGUUCCUGGUGCCGCACGAACUCACCAUGACCCAGUUCGUCACCAUCAUCAGGAACAGGAUGGCGCUGCUCCCGUCUCAGGCCUUCUACCUGCUCAUCAACAACAGCGGGAUGGCCAGCAUGUCCCUCACCAUGGCUCAGGUGUACAAGGACCACCAGGACGAGGACGGCUUCCUCUACAUGACCUACGCCUCGCAGGAGAUGUUCGGGCAAUGACGCCGCCGACCGUUUUUAGGGCCUCGCAACUGCUGUAAAUAGAAGAGAAUAUUGUGUGUGUAUCUAUUGUGACGUUUGUAGACUAUGUUUGUUUUGAAGAUGGAUUUUAAUUAAACUACGUGGAUCCAAUAAAUCUUGAGUAUAGAAUUGAGU